AUGCAGCUCCCAUUUUCCAAACAUGCCAACGCCCGUGAACUCUACAACUUUGAAGUUUGGGCUCGAACGACAUCCGCAAGAAAGCACACCAAGAGCUUACCAAGGGGUGUAUUCGGGGCCGAGCGUUACUUCCAAGUCACAACCCGCCCCGGCCUCGCAAAUGUCCGUUCCACUCGGAUUUUUAUACCAAAGCUUGACAAUCACAAGCCAUACCAGGAGGUUUUGUCAGUUGCGUACAUUGAACGAAAUUAUAAGCAGGUUGCUUCGUUUACGAGCUCUCGAUGCCACCACAACAAGUACAUCGAAGUUUCUCUGUAUGAAAAACAAGUUACUCCGCCGAACCGAAAAUUCCUUACGCCUAAACGUCGGACCAAGCCUCUUCCUAGCACGGAUACUGAGGAUAGAUUUAUCUGGCCUCCUUCGCCAACCUGGGAAGAGAAAUUGAGGCCGUCCCUUUUAGGUGCUGAAAAGAAUGACGAUAAUCUAUGGCUCGCGGAUUCCCUCGAUUCACGCCCCUGUGGGAAAGAAACUAGCCUGUCUUCGAUUAUCGCAGAAAAGAAGGAUGAGCAUCAAUUGCAGUGGAAAGCACCAGCCUGGUCGAACCACGAUGCGGAAGAUUGUUCCACGUUUCCCGUUUUUAAAUGGCCAGAUGAUGAUCUAUCGAAUCCCAAACGACCCACGUCCCUUGACUGGAAAGUCAAAGCUGAGCCCUCUUCUUCCGUUGUUGAGAAGGACAAUGAUCUAUUGCCUUUGAAAUCACCCGCUUCGCGCUCUCCCGUAAAAGAAAGUGACCCGCUUUUGAUUUUCGCCCGAGAGAAGAAUGAGCAUUGGGGCCAGUGGAAAGCACGUACCUCGUCCAACUGUGAAAACGAAGCUGCCCCUUCCUCUGCUGUUGUUGAGAAAGAAGCUGAUGAUCAGUGGUGCUUCAAACGACCCACUUCCCCUGUCUGGGACAUGAAAGCUAUUCCAUCUUCUACCAUUGCUGAAAAGGAAGACGAUACAUGGCGCUUGAAACCACCCGCUUCGCACCUUCGAGGAAAGAAAACCAGCCCGCCUUCGGUCAUCACCGAAAAAGAAGAUGCUGGUCAAGCUAGGUCUGAAAUAAGUACCAAGAUACCUCCAGGUAUCAUCGAGACUGCAAUCAAACAGCUGAAGCUUUCCGAAGCGCAAGCCAAACUUUCCUCAGUGCUUGCUGAUGCUGCAAUGGCUGGAGACGCAGUAGCUGGAGCUACUCGUGCUAACGAUACAGGAAGUGAUUCGCCAGCGGAGGAUACUGCAGGGUUUGAAGAUAUCUUCUACAUGCCCUCAGAGCAGCCCCUACAUCCUACUAUAUCUGAGACCGAAGGCUUUUACUAUUUGGACGAGAAGGACUUCGGCUGUUAUUACCCCGGACGAGUCUCUCAACCUUAUAGUGACUACAAUGACGACAGAUGGGAGAAGGUGACGGCUUGUAAGAAGUGUGGGGAUCCUGGAAAUUACCCUUGGUGA